UCUCGCGAAAGCUUUGCUGCACUCGCGCACACACACACGCACUUGAGUUGCGAUCAGCUGAGCGCAGCUUAAGUUUUGCAAGAACUUGUUCUCACGCACUGCACGCGGUAAUUUUUUUGUUAAAAUAUUGUUAAUUUGUAUAACACUCCGGCUGCCAGAGGCAGCAGUUGCGUAUAGUUUACCCACUAUAAGCGGGAUUUGUAUGGAUUGCCCUGGGGCGGGCUUUAUACAGUGUCACUGUCACUUUCUUGGUUUAUGCCUGCUGCCAGCGGUGCACUAACGCGCACACACACACGAGACUGCAAUUUUCACGUCCGAUCUCCAGAGAAACACAAACUCACACAGAGCUUAACACGUUUGCCAAAGUACGAGAAUACUUUUGCACAGAAUUUUACUUAAAUAGCUGCGAUAUGUAGAGAGAACUUUUAGUAUCGUGUGUUCAGUUGGAUUGCCAGUAUAGUCAACACAUUGUGUCGAUGUUAUAAGUAUUAACAACAGAAAUUACAAUGGCAACUGAAAAUAAUGAUAGCUUCAGUGCUGACGAAUUGGUGGCACCCGCGUGGCUGAAUGCGCAGUUCCUCGAGGAAGUGCUUCGCAAACAUGAAAAGGCGCCAGAGCUAAGUGUCCUGGAAUUCCGCAUAACUCCAGCCAGUGCCAAGUCAGAUCACUACGCGAGCGUCAUGUUUCGUGCGAAUGUCUCGUUUGGCACACAGGAGGGCAAGCUGUCCAAGUCGCUGAUCAUCAAGACUAUGCCCGAACAGGAGGGUCACAAGAAAGAAAUGCUCAAUAGCUCAAACAUCUUUCGGACCGAGAUUGGCAUGUAUACGAAAGCGUUGCCCAAGUUCGAGGAGAUUCUUCGAGAGGCGGGCGAUAAUACCAGACUCUGUGUGUCGUGCAUCUAUUAUAGCUUGGAGCCGAGGCAGGUAAUGAUCUUUGAGGACCUGGUUCCGCAAGGCUAUUCGGUUGUAAGAAAUCGCGACGCAACCAUAGACGAACUGAAGUUAGCAUUCCUUAAGCUGGCUAAAUGGCAUGCGGCUAGCUUUCAUAUACUGCAUGAGCAACCAGAUUACCUGCAAGAAUUCAAACAUGGCUUGUUCGAAAUGCCCAGCGUUUUGAAAGAUCCUUUUUUUAGCUCUGGCAUGGGUACGUUUAUUGGAUUACUUGAGGAAGUUCCAGAAUUAAGAAAGUAUGUACCUCAUUUCAAGAAGAUGGAAAAUGAUUAUGUGGAUCGCUUGAAAGCGAUAAUGCAGGAGUAUCGCAAUAAUCGCCAGCCCAACGGCUAUUACGUCCUUGGCCAUUGCGACUUUCAUCUGCGUAAUAUGAUGUUCAAGUAUAGCAAGGACAAUCAAAGUUUGGAAGAUGUUAUGCUACUGGAUUUUCAAAUGAGCAAUAUUUGCCCGAUAACUCUUGAUCUGAUCUAUGCCGUGUAUAUGCUGAUGAGCAUGGAGGAUCGUCAUAAUAACUACAAAGAACUGAUUAACUAUUACUUCUCCGAGUUUCUUGCAACAUUGCAAAAAAUUGGCUUUAAGGGCGAGUUACCGAAUUCGGUGGAGUUUUGGAGACAAGUAUCCCAACAUAAAUACUAUGAUAUAUUUUUGGUUACAACCUUCUUGCCAAUGAUGGGAGUUCUUAAGUUGAAAAGCUUUGAUCCCGCCGAACUGAUGCAAAAGGAAGAGUUGCGGAAAAAGUUGUACCGUUUUGAAAGUUUCAUCGAAGAUGUUAAGUGUUUGUUGGCCAGAUUUGAAGAGCUAGGCUACUUUGAGUAAAAUCUGAUGUUUAGGCGUAAAACUAUAUUGACCUGUGUUAAUAACAAAUAUGGUUUCAUUAGUAUUAUUUAUCAUUAAAACAGUACUAAUUCAAUGCAAAUGCAAACAUAAUUGUAUAAAACAUAAAACACAUAUUUCAUAUUUGAUAGUUUUAUUUUUUCGAUAUGUUUGAAUGCUUGCAAUAAGUCAACUAAAAUUGUUAUCGUUCUGAUAAUAUAAUUUUAGCAUAUUAGAGGUUGUCAAUUUAAGCUAUGCCGUGUAUCCUUACGAAAAGCACGACUCUUACGAUAUUUAUAACUAUUCUGAAUAUAGUUGUUUAUACUGGAA